UUUAUAUAAUGCAGACCGCUGGCAUUUUGUGCGCGUUUUCGUUGCUGCUCUGCAGCGUUUUGGUGCAUGGCUUGAACUUUAAUCUGAACAACUUGAACAGCAAUAACUUGAGCAGCAAUAAUUCACCCAGACUCUGUAUUGUGACCAACUGCAAUUACAAUGGGCCGCAGGUGUGCGGUCGCAUGGGCAGCUCCAAUCUCUGCAAGCGUUUCCAGAACAAUUGUCUGUUCCUCGCCGAGUCCUGCAGGCCCACUUAUCGAUAUACGGCCGUGAAUCUGUCCAUGUGCUCGGGCAUUGCUGUGGGUGCGCAAAGAAGAUGCACAGGCCUGGCCAGCAACAGCUCCAAUACCAAUACAUUGCCCAUAACCAUUAUAAGAGGUUAAAGCAAUAAAGUUAAUGGCUUGGCGCAUAAAUUAUGAAAUGUACUAAAUAUUUAAACAACUGUGCAAAUAUUUGG